AUGGUUGCCACAAGAAGAUCUGGAGGUUCAUUAAUUGAUGUUGAAUUAGAUAACAACGGGAAAGAUUUGAAAAAAGUUAUUCCAAUCAUUCAACAAAUUGAAGAAAUUAGACAACAAGAUAAAGAUGCUUAUGUUGAACCACCACCAAAAAAGAAAGAAACUAGAGGUAGGAAAAAAAAACCUUUAAUUGAAGUUCCAUCAAGUAAAAAUGGGAAUUCAUCAACUAAAUCAGUUAAAAAAGUUGAAACAAGAGGAAGAAAAAGAAAAGUUCCUGUUGAUACAUCCCUUCAACAAACUUCAACUCAACUGUUGAAAAAACAAGCGUUGAAUAAUAAUGUUAACAAUGCAAAUGCUACCGGUGCAUCAGUUUCAACUAAACAUCAUAUUAAUCAUUUAUUAACAAAUGAUUCACCACCACCAUUAGCAACUUUCCAUCAUGCAAAUCCUCAAAUGAUGUAUCAACAAGCUUCAAAUGCAAAUAAUAGUUAUGAAAGAAGUACUUCACCAGCUAUUACCGCAAAUCAAAUGUAUGAAAAUCAGCAAUUACAACAACAACAAUAUCAACAACAAUUGCAUCAACAACAGUUACACCACCAACAACAACAACAGCAACAGCAACAACAGCAACAACAACAACAACAACAGCACCAGCAACAACAACAACUUCCUCCUCAAUAUCAAUUACCACCACAAGAGGAAGUUCAUUAUCAAAAUCAUGAAUUGAUGGAACAUUCAAUCCAUCCAGAUAGUGUUAUUGCAGAACCAACUAAAACGCGUAUUCCAAUUACAUCAAUUAUUUCUCAAAAAAUUGAUCUUACUGAAGAAGAUAUUCCUUAUAUGAUUGAUGAAGAAGAAUUUGCGUUAGAAAAUGGAAAAUAUCCAAAAAGAAGAUACAGAGUUGAUCGUGAUAAUAUUAAAAUCAAUAAAAGAAUUAUGUCACAAGAUACUGAAGAAGUUAUUAAAAUGUUUAAAAAAUUUGAUGAUGAAAUUUUAACAAAUGCUGAAGCAAGACAAAGAUUAUUAUCAUUAGGUUUUGAAACAAGAAAAAGAUACAUUACAACUUUUAAACAUUAUAUUCGAUUCUGUUGUAAAAAGAAAUUAGAUAAUUUUUUUGUUACUGGGGAAUUAAUGAAAGAAUUUUAUCAAGAACAAUUUGCUUUAAGUUCAUCAUCAAAACCAGUUAUUAGAUUAAGAAAAAUGGAUCCUGCUUUUUCAAAAUUACAAGAAAUUAAUUUUUUGGUUUAUCAUUUAGAAAAUAAAGAAAUUCCAAAUAGACAUAUUGCUUUAGAAUAUUUAGUUUAUAAAGAAUUGGGAAAAGAUCCAUCAUCAUCGUCAUCAUCAAUUGAAGAAAUUUCUUCAUCAAAUGAAUCAAAUAAUAAAAAAAAAUCAACAACCUCCAAAAAUUCCGCCGCUACCACUUCCGCCGCUUCAGCAAAAAAGCAAAGGGGUAGAAAACCAAAAUCACAAGAAAAAUUACCAUCACCAGUAGAAGAAAAUGAUUUUGAUCGUAAUGUUGAUGAUAAUUUAGACGAUGAGGAAGUAACUCCAAUUCAACAAAUUACAGUACUACAAGUACCUUUGCAACAACAAGAACAACCGCAAUACCCAAAAAAGAUCACCAAGAAAAAUAUUGAAGAAAUUAGAAAAGUUUGGUUGGAUGUUCAAAGAAAUAUUAAUGAAACAAUGAAAUCUUUAAUUGAAGUUGAACCAGCUAUUAUUACGAAAUUUCAAUCUGCUAUUAAUACAAAUUUAAAUAAAUUUGAUAUUGAAUUAAAUGGUCCAAAACCAAAAUCAAGUUUACCACAAGUUACUUCAACAGGUGUUCCAAUUUUUGAUUUUAAAAAUUUAAAUACUGUUUAUGAAAUUGUUGAAGAAUGGUAUAAAUCAUCACCAUCAAUUGAAUUUAGAUUAAAAAAUUAUGGAGAAGAAUGGAUUAGAGACGAAUUUGAGUAUAAUACAUUUAUUGAAAGACGUAGUAUUAUUCAAUUUAUUGAGAAAUUAAGUAAAGAAACCAAGGUUGAUAAAUAUGUUUUAGCAAAUGAUUGUGAUUUGUAUAUUAGAGAUAAAUCAAUUUUGGAUGAAUUUAUUAGUGAAAUUGAAUUAGAAGAGGAUGAAUUAUUCAAGAGAGUUUUAAGAUAUAGAAGAAGAUAG